UAAGUAGCGCCUACCUUCCUGGAAGUCCUCCUUCGGAGUGAGGGAUCCGACGCCGGUGUACCAGACAUCCUGGUGGUUUGCCGGCGGAUCCCUUUCCUCCCGAGAAGCCGGAGCCGGUUCCCUGGUGUUGCUUUCUUCCUAACCACUUCUACAGCCUGUUGCUGGUUUUGUCGUCCGACUCCGGUAUCAGGAGACUGGUGCUGCAGCCGAUUUAAGGAGCAUCUUUCCUUCUGACGAAAAGCAAAAGCGGAUCGGCCGGCCAAUCAUUCCCCUUUUCUUGCUUGUUUCCUUUUCGGUGAGGCUAAUUAUUAGCGGACUGCCUGAUACGCCGGUAGCCGGAGUGGGUUCCCGGGAGACAUUUCCCGCCAAAAAAAGAAGGACCAAGAAGACUUUUAUGAGCAGGAUUUUUUGUUGACUUCCGUCCAAUAGCGUAUUGAUGGUUUUAGGUGUUGAUUUGGGGCAUUUUUAGCGUAAUUUUGGAAGAUUAGUUUUGUGCUUGGUUUGAUUUGAGACCUAUUCGUCGACUUCUCUUGGAUUAGCUUCCCUUCUAGUUGUAUACAUUCGAGGGACGUUUAGUCUUUUGUCUUUUCAAGAUCGAUUAAUGGCGGUUUCUUCGUCGAGGUUCGGAUUCAAUUCGGUCGAAUUCGAGUGCUUAUGGAGUAGUCGGAAGCUCAGUUUGUCACGGUUCAGUUCAUCAGCUUGUUUGAGGCAAAGAAGCAGGGGGGGAUUUUUGGUUUUGGGGUUGAAAUGUGGUGCCGGGGUUAAGGUACAGAGGUUUAGGGUGAGGAGCGAGCUGAACGCGCACAAAGAAGCAGUGGAUGCAGUGUCUCCUAAGGAUGUUGAGGGCGUUGCGUCUUCUGGCGGGAGUGUCAUCAAAGGCGAAUCCGAUGGGACUGAGAAGAUAUUUGCCGUAGACAUUGACACUGGAAAUGGAGGGAACUCUUUCGGAGGUGGUGGGAAUAACAAUGGAGGAAGAGGCGGAGGGGAUGAUGGCAAUGGUGGAGAAUCCGAGAAGGGUGAUGAUCAUGAGGGAAAAGAGUUUGGGCCAAUUUUGAAGUUUGACGAAGUGAUGAGGCAGAUUGAGGCACGGGGGGUGAAGCUUCCAGCUGAUAUGUUGCAGGCAGCGAAAACCACCGGGAUUCGCGAAAUCAUUCUCUCUAGAUAUUUGGAUCUGCAGGGGACAUUUUGGCCUCUUAGUACAGCAAUUCGAUCAUGCGGGAUGCUCAGGAACAGGAUGCUCGCAGACCCUGCCUUUCUUUUCAAAAUCUCCACAGAGAUAGUUAUCGAUUCUUGUUGUGCAACAUUUGCUGAAGUUCAAAAGAGGGGAGAGGACUUCUGGCAAGAAUUUGAGCUUUAUCUAGCUGAUCUUAUAGUUGGCACUGUGGUUAAUGUUGCUCUCGUGGGUAUGUUGGCACCAUAUGUUCGUUUUGGACAACCAUCGAUGUCAAAGGGAUUUCUUGGAAGAAUGCAACGUGCCUAUGGAGCUCUACCUAGCAGUGUCUUUGAGGCUGAAAGACCAGGAUGCAAAUUUUCAGUCCAACAAAGGAUUGGCACAUACUUUUACAAGGGUAUUAUGUACGGAUCGGUUGGAUUCGCUUGUGGUCUUAUUGGUCAAGGCAUUGCAAAUUUGAUUAUGACUGCCAAACGGCAAAUUAAAUCAUCCGAAGAUGACGUACCUGUGCCACCUCUUGUAAAAAGUGCAGCUCUUUGGGGUGUGUUCCUUGCGGUCUCAUCAAACACCCGGUACCAGAUUGUCAAUGGUUUAGAACGCCUAGUGGAAGCAUCUCCUCUGGCUCGACAGGUUCCCCCUGUUGCAUUGGCUUUCACCGUUGGCGUGCGGUUUGCUAACAACGUGUAUGGUGGGAUGCAAUUUGUUGAUUGGGCUCGGUGGAGUGGUUGUCAGUGAUUCUGUAUGGUUAGUCCCUGUCCGAUCUAUUUGUGGCGUAGUUGAAGAAAUAUCGUUUGUUUCUUCGUCUGCCUGGGUGUUGUAGAUUGUCUAAAAUAGUUAAAAGAACGAUUUUGUUGUAGAUCCAUAUUGAAAUAAUUACCCACAUAAACCGGGGCGUAUGUGGCAUUUGUGGGUGUAUGUGCGAGAGGGAGAGAGAGAGAGGUGGUAGAUAAAAUAAAAGUUCAAAUAUUACUGUUUA